CUCCUACCGUCAUGCAACCUAGAGCGCGCGGACAAAGUCUCCCCACCGCCUAUUCACCGCACAAAGACCUUACCAACACCACGAAAUAGACAGCUUCGCACCACAAGCGCGCGACUCUCCCCCAGUCAGCCCAGAGUCAUUCACCAUCGCGCAACCCACAUCGGCCGACAUGGCCAAACCGACGCGUCUUGCGCCCGGCGCGGAGCCGCUCCAGAUCUUCCGUGACCCCAACGACUACCUGGAACAAUCCGCAAUGUGUGUCAGUCGGGCACCGAUGCCCUCGGCGAGCAGGCAAAUAUCGCCGCGCAAGGCAUUACAGAGCUCCAAUGGAAAUGUAAAUGGCGUCUUCCAGCGCCCGCAUGGUGGAUUCAGGAAACAGACCUCGCCCUUUAACGCCGACGGCAGAGCAACCACAUCACCCUUGACGCCGUUAAAGGAUCAUGUCAACAAGAUGAAGAACGCCGUCAACCUGCAGCCGCCAAUGGGCAGCAACCAGACAACGGACUCGAUGCAGAAGAAGCAACCUAUCAUGUCAAGAUUCAAGACGGUAUAUCAGAAACCUGUAAUGGAGGAUGGUAUGGGUUAUGGGAAGGAGAACGCCCAUCCGGCACUGCAACCUGCACCACCUGCCUCAUUCAGUCUGAACAUAGAAAACUAUUAUCCCAAGCCACAAGCAAAACGGACUCUGCUAGAGGCUGCGCCCAUCAAGGAAUCGAGACCUUCGAAAUUGGGACUGCUGGACGCAACUCCAGAGGAGAGGGAAUGUGUGCUGCCUCCUCACGAUUCCUUUCCGCCUAUACUGGAUGAUGGUCAGAAGCCUUCACACAGUUAUGCGGUGUUGAUCGCCAUGUCAAUCUUAAGGUCUCCACAACGUCGAUUAACCUUGUCGCAAAUCUAUAAAUGGAUCUCAGAUACAUACUCGUUCUAUAAUGCGAGUGAGGCGUCUGGUUGGCAGAACAGUAUACGACACAAUCUGAGUCUCAACAAGGCUUUCAUCAAGCAGGAGCGGCCCAAGGGCGACACCGGCAAAGGUCACUACUGGGCUAUUGAGCCAGGCAUGGAGAUUCAAUUCAUCAAGGACAAGCCCACCCGCAAGGCCCAAAAUGGAGUCGAAAACGUCUCCAUUAUUAACAUGUCGAGUCGCAUGGAGCCGAUGCCAAUGGAGCAGCAUUUCUUCCAAGACGGCCUUCCCUCAUUCCCAACUCCCAUCCUCCCUGCGCAGCCGAUGGUGUAUUCCCAGCCAUUGUUACCUACCAACCCAUCCAUGCCAGCUGCCCCUGAAGUCUCGUCUGAUGCCACCAUACCCCUUUCCGAUAAUAUCACUCCCGAAGAGGAAGAAGUCAAGACAGACCCGGAUCAAAUUGCAGAUCGUGCGUACUCGCCCUUCCCUGCCGAGAUGCACUCCUCUCCUCCGAUGCCACGACGUGUGGAUCGUAGCAACACACCACCGCCAGCCUCGCGAGCUCCUGCUUCUUCCGGUGCACGCACCCACAAGCGCAAGUUCGCUUCCAUGGACGACAGUGGUUAUAUCUCAUCACUGGAGUCUUCUGCCAUGCGCCCCAACCAGCAACGCCUCAGCUCUGAGGCUGACCGCCCACGCAUGAAGCGUGGCCGAGCUGAGGAAGAGAUUGCUCGACUCAGAGCAUCGUCGUACGACAGCCCUACCAAGGCGCGCUCAUACAGCCUGGUCCCUUCCUCCUCUCCUCUUCGCCAGCUCAAUAGCACGAAUAAGAUGCCGCCUCCUCUAACACCAGCACUGAAGAAGCGAGCUCCCAUGAUGAGGCCGCCUCCAUCUGUCUCGCCAAACACUAAUCUGCGCUUGCAUCGGGACGAGAUGAAGCGCAUGUUGGACUCUCCUCUUCGCAGGGCUAGCAACCUUGGUGAAGUUAUGCCCUACAGUCCAAACUUCAACCUCGACAGUACCAUGUUCUUCAACGACUUUCCCACUGAUGGCACCGACUUUGACAUCUUUCAAGAUGGUCAACUGGACACUUCGUUCUUCAACUUGGCAGACAACGGCUCACCCAUCAAGCGCUCAGCUAAGAGAAUGCGCAUGGAUCGAUCUCAGUCAACCAGUGCUCUAGGCGAGAUGACUGCAUCCGCCCAGAACAGGACUCUUACAUCCGCGCCUCUGCUCAAGGUCCCAGAGAGCUUCCCUAUUCCCUACGAGACGCCCAGCAAAUUUCUCGACGUCAUGUCGUCACCGAGCAAAUACCUUCAAUCUCCCAGUGCCGCAAAAACAGCAUCGCUUAUCAAAGAUGAGAAUUGGAACAACACUUUCAACGACUUUUAUGUCAAUGUCGUUGAAGAAGAGAACGACGAGAACUCGGGCCUAGAUCUCCUUGGAGGUUUUGCGAAGAUCGGCAACAUCAAUCUGGCUAGUAAUGCAUCUCGGAGCUCAAAGCCUCCUAUGGGACGGAGCUACACCACUACUUUCUGAUCCUCGGCCUCCGAGAUAUUUGUGCUGUUGCACACCCCAACAUUUGACGAGUUAUGACUGAACGACCAUUGCAUACUCUCUUCCUGUCCUUAGCGUCGACUAAAACGUCGCGCAUAUCGGGGAAACACGGGCGCCCCCCCUAUAGACCUACCCAGCCUCAUGCCUCACGGCCUUCUUGCCUAUUGUUUUGGAGCGAUAAUGACGAUACGUGUCUGAGUACAUAUAAUGUCUGCAUAAUGAAAUAUGCCGGCGUUCUUUCCGGGGCUGAUUUCGAGCGAACGUUACCUUGAUAUUUCCUGUUCUCUAAUCUUGGAGAUCAAUCUUCAUUGUGUCAGA